AGGCGUCAGAGCUUUGAGUCACCCCCGGGGCAGAAUCGAAAGUAAUCUCGGGGAGGGGCGGGUGCGGGGUGCGGCCGAUGGGUAGCCGAGCGGCAGGCGGCAGGACCCGGAGCGCGCACGGGUGCCGCCCCGUGUGCUCUUCCCCCCCCCCAGUCCAAAUGAGGCACAGAAGUGGGGAGGGGCAGCCGUCCCGGGGGUCCACUGUUGCUUCUCAGAACUCAGAAUGCUGGGCCUUUAGAAGUCAGGAGCCUGAGAGGCCUUGGGAUGCAAGGACCCAGGAGACUGCACCUUGGGGCUGAGCUGACCAUCUGAGCUGAGCCCAGGAGCCCCCAGGAUGCAGCCCCCGCGUGUGCGGCCAGCACCCAGGAUGUUGGCCGCACCCAGGUGCAGCCCUAUGCCCUCUGGCCCCAUGACCACCCCUAAGGAACCCAACCUGGCCAGACUGUGCGCCCAGGUGGACCUGCGCCUGGCGUGUUCCCGCUGCACCCAGCGCCUUAACGAGAGCACCUACCUCCUGCGUGCUGUGGAGCACAGCUGUCCCCGUGAGAUCAUGUUGGCCCGCUGCAAGCAGACUGCACCUAGCCAGGCCUGGCGCAAGGUGGACCGGAGGCCUGGCUUCCCUCGGCCUGCCCGCUAUGAGGUCUGUCGCUACUACCGCCCAGGGCUGGGCUGCCGGCGCCACCGAAACCAGUGCACCUUUGCCCGCAGCCCCGAGGAGGCGCUGGUUUGGACAUUUGAGCGGGAGCAUGGGGUCCCACAGCUGUGGGUGAAGGCUGCGCUGCAGGGUGGUGGGCCCCAGGCCCAGGUACAGGCCCCAGCUGAUGCCAUCCUUGCUGAUUUUGGUGGCCGCUUCCAGCUGCUUUGCACCCACUGUUUCCGGCGCUGCCCACCGCGCCUCUGUCCCAUGGAUGCCCGGGGCCACUGUCCCACUCACAGGUCUGGGCCCUCUCUCUUGGCCCAUGUGAGCACUGAGGGCUGCCGGAAGCAGCAGGUCUUAGAGGUGCGGCCUCGGCCCCAGUACCGCCAGCCACUGGCCUACUGCAGGUUCGUGCGCCGAGGCUGGCCCUGCCGGCAUGGAGCGUCACGUUGCCAGUAUGCCCACAGUGAAGUGGAGAUGGCUGUGUGGGAGGCUGAACUGCUGGGUGGGCUGCAGCGGAGGGACCUGCUGGUGCGCCCUGCCCCAGAGCCAGAUGGGCCCUCUGCCCUCCGUGACCAGCCCCCCGAGGCCCGGCUGUACUGCCACGCCUGCCUGGUGGCCUGUGACUCCCAGGAGGCUUUUGAGAACCACUGCUCAUCUGUGGAGCACUCCCAGAUGGUGACUGCGGACCACAGCACAGUCUGGGAGCACCGUAGCCCACCCACAGGGCUCUCCAUCUUCGAGCUCUGUCCCAGGCCUGAGUUCUGCGAGUACGGGUCCACCUGUACCAGGGCGCACUCUCAGCAGGAGCUCCGAGAGUGGGUCCAGCGGGCACGGGCCACACAGCUGUGGGAACGGGAGGCCUGGCGGGAGGGACUGAUGCCCUACCAGGCGCGGUUGCUGGCCGAAUACCAGCGCAGCAGCAGUGAGGUCCUGGUGCUGGCUGAGGCUGUCGAUGGCGUAACUGUCACCUGCGAACAGCCCCUGACACAUUGUGACCAGGAGAAGCAGACCCAGCACAGCUGGACCUUUAUCCUCCACUCUGAGGAGCCCCUGCUGCACGUGGCCCUGCUCAGGCAGGAGCCAGGAGCAGCCUUCUGGCUGGAGGCCCCCUCUCUGCCUGUGGGCCAGCUCUAUGCACAGGGGGAGCGCUUCCAGGUGCCAGGCAUCCCCUCCAAGUUCCAGGUGGGCGUGCGGGCACAGAGUGCCUCCUUCGGUAGCUUUGAGCAGUGGGUGGUGUUUGACUUUGGCCGCCGGCCGGCACUGCUACAGAAGCUGGGGCUACAGCUGGGGCAGGUGCACUGCCCAGAGCUUGGGGGGCCACCAGUGGCUAGUCGGCACGAGGAGCUGGAGCGCUGGCACACUGGCAACCGCCACGUGGUACCCUGUGUGGAGCGGACACCCGAGCAGGUGGCCCUGAUGGCCCGGUACAAGGUGCCUGCACUGGCCCUGGACUUUAGCCUCAGCAGCCCCGGCCCAGGGCCCGUGUCUCGGGCCAACUACCGGCAGAGGAUGCACCAAUUUCUCUAUGAGGAGGAGGCUGCCCGGCAGCAGCUGGUGGCCAGGAUGAACCUGCGUGGGCCUGUGCCUCUGAAAAUGGCUCUGCAGACACCCGCCCUGGGCAUGCUGUUCCCGCUGCCUGGCGCACUCUACGCUGAGGUACCCAUCCCCUCUUCCCUGACGCCAGAUACCGACCUGGGCUUCCUGUUAGCACGGGACGUCAGCACAGCCCUGGUGGGCCCAGCACCGGCGCCUGAUGACACAGUGUUUGAGGCACGGCUGGAGAGCCAGGCCAGCUCAGAGCGGGCGCUGUGGCUGCAGCUGCCGGCGCGCUGCUGCGAGGCACUGGGGUUGCAGCCUGACACCAGCCCUGUCCUGGAGGUGCAGUUCCAGAUCGACCCGAUAGCCUUCCGCCUCUGGCACCAGGCGGUGGAUGCGCUGCUGGAGGAGCGGCUGGUGGUGCCGGACCUGGCGGCCUGCGCCCUGCCACGCCCGCUACCCACCCCACCCGUGCUGCAUGGCAACCGCAAGCAGAAGCUGGCUGUGGCCUUUGUGGCGGGCAGCAGCCCCAGCAGCACAUGGCCUGUGGCCCCGCUGCUCAUCUAUGGCCCCUUUGGCACUGGCAAGACCUACACGCUGGCCAUGGCCUCGCUCGAGGUCAUCCGGCAGCCUGGAACCAAGGUGCUCAUCUGCACGCAUACCAACAGUGCAGCUGACAUCUACAUCCAGGAGCACUUUCACGGGUAUGUGAGCAGUGGGCACCCUGAGGCCGCCCCGCUGCGCGUGAUGUACGUGGAUCGGCCAUUGAACCAGACUGAUGCAGCCACACUGCAGUACUGCUGCUUGACUGAGGACCGCCGGGCCUUCAGGCCACCCAGCAUGGCUGAGCUGGAGCAACACCGCAUCGUGGUCACCACCACUUCGCAGGCCCGUGAGCUCCGGGUGCCAGCUGGCUUCUUCUCUCACAUCUUCAUUGAUGAGGCAGCCCAGAUGCUGGAGUGUGAGGCACUGAUCCCGCUGAGCUAUGCCACGUCCGGCACACGUCUGGUGCUGGCGGGCGACCACAUGCAGGUCACGCCACGCCUGUUCAGCGUGUCUCGGGCCCAGGCACCCAGCCACACGCUGCUGCACAGGCUCUUCCACCACUACCAGCGACAUGGGCUGGAGGCCGCUCAGCACAGCCGCAUUGUCUUCCACGAGAACUACCGCUCCACUGAUGCCAUCAUACGCUUCGUCUCCCGCCACUUCUAUGUGGCCAAGGGCGAUCCCAUCCAUGCCAGCGGCAAGGUGCCCCGCCACCCGCAACUCCACCCACUGAUGUUCUGCCAUGUGGCGGGUGUGCCUGAGCGUGACAUGUCCCUGACGUCCUGGAUCAAUGUGGCCGAGGUCGCCCAGGUGGUGGAGAAGGUGCAGGAGGUCUAUAGCAGCUGGCCGCGCUGCUGGGGCAGCCGGGAACAGAGGCACAUCUGCGCCGUCUCCCAUGGUGCCCAGGUGAGUGCACUGAGGCAGGAGCUGCGCAAGAGGGACCUGGGCCAAGUGUCUGUGGGCAGCUUUGAGAUCCUGCCAGGGAGGGAGUUCCGUGUGGUGGUGCUGAGCACCGUGCACACCCACCGCAGCCUGGAGGGGCCUGGCACACCCACCCCUGAGUUCUUCACGGACUCCCGUGUGCUUAACACCGUCAUGACACGCGCCCAGUCCCUGGUGGUGGCUGUAGGGGAUGCAGUGGCCCUCUGCUCCUAUGGGGCCUGCAGCAAGCUGUGGAAGAGCUUCAUCCGGGAGUGUAGUGAGCACCGCAGCAUGAGCCCUGAGGACCUGAGCCUGGAGCAGAUAGAGGAGAGCGUGCUGGAGAGACAGCGCUGGGCUCAAAGGCAGAAUGGCCGGCGGCCCAGGCCCCUCCAGGCUGAGGGCUCUGGGAACCUGGCUCCGGAGGAUGGGCAAGCCAGGGAGCAGGCCUUGGCCAAGACCCCUGUUACGUUGGUCAGGGCCCCAGCUGUGGGGGAGGAGGAUGGGCAGACAGUGGAGGCCAGGGCUGGCAUAGGCAGCAAGUGUCUAGCUUUGUCUGAGAACCCAGAGGGCAGGCCGCCUACAGGCCCUGAAGACCCAGAGGACCCAGAGGACACAGAAGACUCAGAGUCCAACUUCUGGCUGUCAGAUGGGGAGCUGGAUGCUGAUGAUGCCAUCCUGCAGGAGCUGCUGGACGAGAGCCGCAAUGUGGUGGUGACUGUGACGGAGGACGGGCUGCUGGACACGGUGGCCAGGCCGGUGUCCCCAAAGCAAGCCCGGCAGUAUGUGAACCGGCCCCCAAGUGAACUCCGGAUGCUGCUCCGUACAGAGCCAGUACUGCACCAUCGCUGCUCCUUCGUGCAGGAGACCUUCGAUCGGGCCACAGCAGUGCCGUUAGACGACACGGGCUGUGGGCCCAUCCAGGUGCGCGGCCGCCUGCACUGUGGCAUGGCCUUCUCAGGGGAUGAGGUGCUCGUCCGGCUCCUGGGCAGGCCUCCCGGGAACAGGGCCUCUGAGGGGCGGCCCCAGGGACGUGUGGUGGGCGUGCUCCGGAGGCGUCGACAGGAGCUGGUAUUUGUGUGCCGCAUGGAUGAGUGGGACUCCCGCAUCAUGACUCCCAUUGAUGGCUCUGUCACCAAAAUCUUUGUGGCAGAGCUCAAGGACCCACAACAGGUGCCCAUCCACUGCCUGCGGGCUGGCCGGCUGCAGCGGGUGGGCUUUGAGCACCUGGCACCUGAGCACCGCCGCAACCGGCUCUUUCUGGUGCGUGUGGUCCUAUGGCGUGAGCGCUUCUACUACCCUCUGGGCAUCGUCCUGGAGGUGCUGCCUGAGGCCUCCACCUGGGAGCAUGGGCUGCAUGCCCUGGACCUGGAGUAUGGCCUGACAGCCAUAGCCAAGCCCGACCCUGCCACCAUCACCAAGGCUGUACAGAAGUUCCGAGCAGAGCUGGAGCACGCACCUCACACCCGAGAGGACUGCCGCACCUUCCUGACCUUCACCGUGGACCCCCAGGGCGCCUACAACUUGGAUGAUGCCAUUAGCGUGCGGGACCUGGGCCCCCGCUAUGAGGUAGCCGUGCACAUCACCGAUGUGGCCAGCCUGCUCCCCAGGGAUGGGCCACUGGAUGUGGAGGCCCGCCGGCGGGGCACUGCCUACUAUGCCCCCGACCGUGAGCCAGUGCCCCUGCUGCCUCCUGGCCUCAGCCGGGACGUGCUCAGCCUCCUGCCUGGCCAGGACCGCCUGGCCAUCUCCCUCUUCCUCACCAUGGAGAAGGGUAGUGACCAGCUCAAGGGCCUGCGCUUCUUCCCCUCCGUGGUCCGCUCUGACCGCCAGCUGACCUAUGAGGAGGCCGAAUGCAUCAUCCGGGCGCACCCAGGUGCAGGCCUGGAGCUGCCCUCCCGCCUGGACUCGCUGGACGCCUGUGUGGUGACUGCCUGCUACUGCUCCCGAGUGCUGCGCCAGCGCCGCCUACAGGAGGGUUGUCUGUAUGAACAGCCCGAUGAGGACAGUGCGCUUGGCUUCCGCCAGGCCCAUGUCAUGGUGCAGGAGUUCAUGAUCCAGUUCAACAGCCAGGUGGCUGAGUUCCUGGUGAGCCAUGCUAGCACGCAGAGGGUCACACCACUGCGGUGGCAGCCCGCUCCUAGCACCCGACAGCUGGAGGCCCUGCGGGAGAAGCACAGGGAGCUGGUGCCACUGUCUUUGCACCUGCGGCACCGUUUGCUCAGGGGUGGCCCCGUUGGCCCCCUGGACUCAAGGCUGCACCUGCUGGCCUCUCUCUGGAGGCGGGUGCAUCUGGCCGCCCACUCCCAGGACCUGCACCUGCUGGUGGACCUCCUCACCACGGACGAUCUGCACCCUGGCCUGGCCCCUGCAGGUCACGACCUCCGCAAGGCUCUGGGGCGCUCCACCUUUGGCCGCUCCAGCCAGGGGGUGUGGCAGCCAGCCACCCACUACUCGCUGCAGGUAGACUGGUACACCUGGUCUUCCUCACCCAUCCGCAGGUACCUGGAUGUGGUGCUGCAGCGUCAGCUGCUCCUGGCGCUGGGCCGCGGGGGCUCUGCCUAUUCCGCCAGGGAUGUGGACGGGCUCUGCCAGGACUUCAGCCGCCAGAAUGCCCGUGCCCAGAGCUACCAGCGCAGGGCCCACAGCCUGCGCCUGGCCACGCAGCUCAGGGCCCAGCCCCAGGACAAGCUGGGCUUCGUGGUGGAUGUAGAGGUGGGUGCCCGCUGCUUCAAGCUGCUCUUCCCAGCUGACAGUGAGGUAUUGCCCGACCCCUGCCCUGUGUAUUACCGCUUCCUGCAGCUGGCUGAGCACCCACACCCACUGCCUGGCAGGCAGGGCCUGCGGCUCGUAUGGCGGCGCCGUGUCUACUCAGUAGAGGAUGGCCCAUGCCCCCCACUGCCUGGGGUCCUGCUGGAUCCACAUGGCUGUCUGGUGGAUGCCAGGCUUUGGCAGCAGCUGCUGCAACUAGUGGCAGAGCAGCGCUGGCCUGAGGCUGCUGCCCUGGUGCAGAAACAGGACACAGCAGAGCCCCGGCGGCCAGAGCUGGGCUGGGUGCGGCGCAGCCAGUGUGGCCACUUCCUGGAGGUGUCACGAGAGCUGGGGACCGGGGAUACAUUGCAGGUACAGCUCAGUGCCUCCCUGCAGCGUGGCUUUCUGGCACCCUCACUGCAGCUGUGCACAGUGGCGCCCGGCCUGGGAGUAUGCCUGGAGCAUGUGGAGCGGCCUGGGGACUGCUUCUCUGGCCGUGUGCCCCAGGCAGGGCGCGAGCGCUGCCGGGACCUGGCAGAGUAUGCGCGUGUGUGGGCACCCUUCUGCACCCUGGAGGCAGCCACGGGCGCCGUGGCAGAGAACGAGUCCAUCACACUGCGGCAUGUGGACAUCUGCUGGGAUGCGGAGGCUGAGGGGCAGCUGCGGGGCUCCUUUAGCCUGGAGCUCAGCUUUCUGCACCAGCAUGGCAUCAACAUCAGCCUGGACCACUGCUACCUCUGCAUCCGGCUGGAGGGGCUGAGGGCCACAUCCCCUGAGGGGCAGUCAUGGCUGCCAGCAGGUCCGGCCCCGGGCCCUGCCCUUCACAUUGACCCUGACACCUACACCUGGGUGGCCCAUGGGGUGACAGAGGUUGCUGAUGAACUGGAGGGCCAGUUUGGGUCCUGGCAGGUGUACUUCUUCAUUCAACACACGGCCAUGGAGAGGGUUCCGGAGGAGGUGCUGAGACCAACAUCCCGGUUCACUGUGGAGAUGCUGCCAAAACAGCUCCCUGACAUCCGCAAGGAGGAAGCCGUGCACCUGCUGAAGAAUGCCUCCUCACUGGUCAUCAGCAUUGCUCUGGGCCAGCCCAUCUGCCUGCCCCCGCAACCCUCUCGGCAACAGUCCUUAGACUUUUCUCGUCAGCGGCCCCCACACAGAGGGGUCCCCAGCAGGUUCCUGGAGCGGCAGAGCUUUGACAUCCCUGGAGGCCGCCACAAGCUGAACCCCAGCCAGACCCAUGCAGUCCGGGAGGCGCUCAAAAAGCAGUUCACUGUCAUCCAGGGCCCACCAGGCACAGGGAAGACGGUGGUGGGCCUGCACAUCGUAUUCUGGUUCCACAAGGCCAAUGAGGAGCCAGUGAGAGUCAGUGGCGGCGAUGGUAAUGGGGAGAAGCGGCCCCGGAACCGCUGUGUUUUAUACUGUGGGCCGUCCAACAAGUCAGUGGAUGUGCUGGCAGGGAUGCUUCUGAGCAGGACUGCAGAACUGAGGCCCCUCCGCGUGUACGGCGAGCAGGCAGAGGCCACGGAGUUCCCCAUGCCAGGUGUAGGGAGCAGAGGCCCGUCCAGGAAGACACCCCGUGAGGGGAGGCCCAACCAGACCCUCAGGUGUAGCCCUGGCCCGUUGGUCCAUCUAUCUGUGUGGGGGUGGGAAGGGGCCCCCACAGCCCAGGAGGACCUACCUUGGGCCUCAUGUAAAAGCACCCCUGUCCCUCCCUGCAGGAACAUCAGUUUGCACCACCGGAUCCGGCAAGCCUCCAACCCCUACUCGGCAUCGGUCAAGGCCUUCGAUGCCCGCAUGCAGAGUGGAGAGGUCUUUUCCCUGGAGGAUCUCAACAAGUAUAAGAGGAUCCUGGUGAAUGCGAAGAAGUUUGAGCUAAGCCAGCACCAGGUGAUCCUGUGCACCUGCUCCUGCGCGGCCUCGGUUGUCCUCAAAAGCCUGAACGUCCGGCAGGUGCUGGUGGAUGAGGCGGGCAUGGCCACAGAGCCCGAGACCCUCAUCCCCCUGGUGAACUUCCCCAUGGCUGACAAGGUGGUUCUCCUCGGGGACCACAAGCAGCUGCGGCCUGUCGUCAAGAACGAGCAGCUGCAAAACCUCGGGCUGGACCGGUCUCUUUUCGAGAGAUACCAUAGGGAGGCUUACAUGCUGGAUAUACAGUACCGCAUGCAUGAGGGGAUCUGUGCCUUCCCCUCCAUGGAGUUUUAUAAGAACCAGCUGAAGACCUGGCAAGGCCUGCAGCGGCAGCCUAGCGUCCUGGGCCACGCAGGCAAGAACAGCUGCCCUGUUAUCUUUGGCUACGUGCAGGGCCACGAGCAGAGCCUGCUGGUGUCCACGGAUGAAGGGAACGAGAACUCCAAGGCCAACCCGGAGGAGGUGGCAGAGGUGGUACGCAUCGCCAAACAGCUGACCCUGGGCAAGACAGUUGAGCCCAAGGAUGUGGCCGUCCUCACGCCCUACAAUGCACAGGCCGCGGAGAUCAGCAAGGCCCUGACCAAAGCCGGCGUGCAGGGAGUGACGGUGUGCUCUAUCACCAAAAGCCAAGGCAGCGAGUGGCGCUAUGUUCUGGUCAGCACAGUUCGCUCCUGCCCAGAGAGCGACAUGGACCAGCGGCCCACGAAGGGCUGGCUAAAGAAGUUUCUGGGCUUUGUGGUGGACCCCAACCAAGUGAACGUGGCUAUCACUCGGGCCCAGGAGGGGCUCUGCCUCAUUGGUGACCACCUCCUCCUGCGCUGCUGCCCGCUCUGGAGUCGGCUUCUGGACUUCUGCCAGGCCCAGCGGAGCUUGGUACCAGCAAGCCAGGUGCGCGUUCACAGGAAGCCUUUGUGAAAAGUCCACUUCUGCACCAGUGGGCCCCGGGGGAUUGGCGGCCUCCCUCUGCCGCUGUCUUGGCGACCCCACUCAGUGGGAUCCCACGUGCCUUCGGUGGUCAUCUGGCCACCUCCUUGGCCGGCCAGGGUGGGGGAGGCCCGCCACGGUUGUGCAGUGUCCACUGCCUUUUGGUGUCUCUGGGAAGGUCUGAGAAGUUGAGGCUGCUCCUUGAUCUGUGGACACCAUCCUGGACCAGACUGGAUGCUGCCCCGUGGAACUCAGCUUUAUUUUCUACUUGGAAAUACAUCAAGCCAGUGUCUUUUUUUUUUUUUUUCUCCCCUGGAAUGGGAUCCACAGCCCAGGCUCAGGGCAAGAGGUCUCCCUGGAUGAGGGAUUCUUUUCUCUGCCACCACAGCCCCAUCUGGCUUGGGGACCAUGGCCCUGUGUCCUCCAGGGGCCUCCCUAGCAGGAGAGGCAGCUCAGAACCCUAUGCCCACACCACCCCCCCUCAAUGUUCCGGGCCUGCUCGUGCAAUACUUCCUGGGGUGUGGGGGUGUCUGGGAUGGAGGCAACCCUGCACUGAUGCCUUGUGAUUCCACCCUGAGCUCUGCAGAUCCUGGACCCUGAAGCCUGGUUAUCAGGGCCCCAGGGACAGCCUGUCUGGGUAUCUCUGCAGGGUGCAUUGUGUCCUGCCUUCAUUCUGGCCCCUACCCCCAGCCUGAGUCUCUGUGAUCCUAAAAGUGUGACUCCGCUCUGUGCAGUACUCUCUCCCCCCCACCUGGGGGCGCUGCAGGCACCAUGUUAAUUCCCAGAGGGAAUCUGCUCCCCCUGGCUGCUCUGCAUGGGAGUCGUGGCAGUGUCUGAUGCUGAUGUUUUCUACAAAUCAUAUUUCUACAUUCCAUUUUUAAAAUCUUUUCUUAGACUCUGUAUUAUAUGAUUAAAUGUUAAUUUUAUUAUCAA